UUUGUCAGUACUAUUUACAGCAGCCCUUCUUCUUCCACGUGUGUAAGAAAGCGAAAAUAUAAUAUAUGAAACUAAAUAUUUACUUUACUAACUAUGACUGAAGUGGAAAGAAAAAUUGAAUUCUUGGUGGCUGACACCACAGCCUUUAUCAAUGCAGUUCAGCUAAAUGAUUACGCGAAAAAUGUAUUAACGGUACCAGAUGUUAUUAAAGAGGUGCGCAACAAGAGACAGAUUCGUCGGCUAUGUGUACUGCCUUUUGACUUGCAAGUCCGUGAGCCCCGAACGGAGAGUGUGAAGCACUGUGUGGAAUUUGCCAAAAAGACCGGUGACUAUGCUAGUCUCUCGGGCAUCGACAUUAAAGUGAUUUCUUUAACAUACGAACUUGAGGUGGACAAUGUAGGCUCUGAACAUUUACGAAGUGAACCUGUUCUCUCGAAAGUGGUGGCAUCUAAAGAGAAGCCUGAGGAAUUACAAGAAAACACGAAGUUAGCAGGAUGGUAUAAUCCAAGUGGUGGAUCAAGUAGUGAAGAUGAAGAAGACGACUCUGAACCUAAUGGCUACGUAGAAGACGCUGGGGAUAACAAGGAACUUGAUGCUGUGAAGAAUGCAAUUGAUUUGCAAAUAAAUAACCCAACCGAAAGUCAUAAUAAUGACAAUGAGAUAACACAAGAAGAGCUUGAUAAAUUCUUUGAAAAAUUGAGAUGCGAUGAGAAUGAUGACGCUUGCGAUAUACUUGUUCCUCAAAGGACUGGAGAUAAUGAACAAGAUCAUGAUUCUGAUGAAUUAGAUGGCGAUGAUAAUCAGGAAACAACUAUAACUCAAUCUGAAUCUACCAUAGAUGAUGAAGACAACAUUGAUGGUGGUUGGAUUACUCCAGCUAACAUUAAAAAGGUGAAAAAAUCACUAGAAGGUAAAGUGGAAUCAAUGGUUGUUCCCCAUGUUGCGUGCAUGUCGACAGAUUAUGCUCUUCAAAAUGUAUUAAAACAAAUGAAUUUGCAAAUAUGUGCGCUAGAUGGGCGCGUUAUUAAAAACCUGCGUACAUAUAUUUUGCGCUGCUAUGCAUGUUUUAAAACAACAAGUAUAAUGACAAAAGUUUUUUGUCCAAAUUGCGGCAACAAAAGUCUUAAACGAGUGGCUGUUAGUUUAGAUGAAAAUGGGAAGCAAGUUAUUCACAUAAAUACACGUCGGCCCCUGACGGCCAAAUAUAAGAAUCAGAGCUUACCAAGAUUCCAGGGAGGAAAACAUUCGCGCAAUCCAAUACUUUUUGAAGAUCAACCGAUACCAAGGCAAAUGCCUUCGCGUGUGGCAAAAACUAAAACAAAUGCUCUAGAUGAUGAUUACAUAGCUGGAUUUUCACCAUUCGUUAUGCGCGACGUCGAUUCGAAGUCUGCAAUACUGCGUUCAAAAGGCAAUCUCAAGGAAUGGGCACGAAAUAAUACUUUCGAAGAGGAUCGCCGUAAAAAACAUUACAAUAGAGUGUACAAAUAAGUGUUGCUUUAAUAAAUAUGUAUUUACUAACAUAUGUACAUAGGCAAAUCAUUUAUAAAUUUACAAUUUCACACACAA